UGUAAACAUUUACCUCGAAACGAAAACAACGUGCGUUUUUUCUGGGAGUUUUUGAAUUUAAUUUUUAAAUUACGUUCCGUGACCCGCAAUCAUGAGCGAUUCCGAGUCGGACACCAAUGACCAGGCCGGCGACCAGAUCGAGCACUUUAACGGGCCGGUUGAGAACGCGUGGUUACUGAAGAUUCCGGAGUUUAAGCAGGCGGACAACCCGCAUGGCCUUGCGGAGGAGAGUUCGUUCGCGUGUUUGUUCCCCAAGUACCGGGAGAAGUACAUCAAGGAGUGUUGGCCACUGGUGGAGAAGGCGCUGGAGGGACACAACGUAAAGUCGGAGCUGGAUCUGAUCCAGGGCAAUAUGACGGUGAAGACGACGCGGAAGACGUGGGAUCCGUUUAUCAUUUUGAAGGCGCGCGAUUUGAUCAAGCUGCUGUCGCGGUCGGUUCCGUUCGAGCAGGCGGUCAAGGUGCUGGAGGAUGAGAUCAGCUGUGACAUUAUCAAGAUUAAAAAUUUGGUACGGAACAAGGCAAAGUUUGUGAAGCGGAGGAAUCGGUUGAUCGGGCCAAACGGAUGCACGCUCAAGUCGCUGGAACUGUUGACCAACUGUUACGUGCUGGUGCAGGGCGCGACGGUGUCCGCGAUCGGGCCGUACAAGGGGCUGCAGUGCGUGCGGAAGGUGGUGGAGGAAACGAUGAAGAACAUUCACCCGAUUUACAACAUCAAAGCGCUGAUGAUCAAGCGCGAGCUGAUGAAGGACGACAAGCUGCAGGACGAGAACUGGGAGCGAUUCUUGCCGCGGUUCCAGUCGAAGAACACGACGAAGCGGAAGAUGCCCAAGGAUGCGGUGGCCAAGAAGCAGAAGAAGGACAAGAAGGACCACACGCCGUUCCCGCCGCCGCUGCUCGAGAGCAAAGUGGACAAGGAGUUGGCCUCGGGCGAGUACUUCCUCACGGAGGCGCAGAAGAAGGCGAAGCGGAACCAGGAGCGCAAGGAUAAGGAAAAGAAGAACUCGGAGACGCAGAAGGUACGGCGGGAGAAAGACUUUGUGGCACCGGAUGAGGGCAAGAAGGGACAGAAGACGAAGCAGGACGGCGGCAAGGUUGACGUGAAGGCGCUCAAGAGCAAGAUUGCGAAGGCCAACAAGAAGGCGAAGGUGGGCAAGUGAAUAUAUAGUUUGCGUUGUUUUAAGGUAA